AAUUUCUGAACUACAAUUCUGGAUAAAUUAUUCACACGAAUCAUUAUGUACGUCGAGGUAAACACCGAUGACUGCGAGAGCAUCAUUCCAUUGCUCUUCAUUAAAUUGUUUCAACUUUACAAAAAAAAUUGUCAAAAAUAUUUUUUUUCUCAGUAUAAUCAUAAAUUGAUGAUCAAGUGAAAUAGCAUGAUCGAUCUCAUUACGACGAUUCCAUUUCGCAACGAAAUAAAUUAUGCAACUGCGUUACUAACUGAAUUACGAUAAAAUCUCGUUAAUGUUAAUCCCGCUGACCUCUAGUCCCCACUAUGAUCUAGCAAUCGCUAGCAUCUCAGAAUUCCGCUCAGUCUGCCACUGAAAGUGCCGUCGAGAAUACCCAUCAGCGGAGAAUCCAAGCAUGAAGAUAUUCCUUGUCCUCAUCAGUCUCGCGGUCUCUGCAGCACCUGCACAGGGGCAAGAGGAAGUCUGCAGCGACGAAGAUUGGGAUUUCAGAAUGUGUAAGAAGUCCAACGCGCUGACGCGGGUCACCCACGACGCCAGCAUAUUCUCCGGAAAAAGUUUCUACAAGACCCUCAGUGGCAUCACUGCCAUCAACGAGGAUGCCUUCGACACCCUGGACCUCGAGCGGCUCGUGCUGACGUUCAGCGAGCGCGACGGCGACGAGACUCCGCCGCCCGCGGUGUCGAUAAAACCGAAUACCCUCGUGGGUCUGGCGAACUUGCGGGAGCUGAGCAUCGGAGGGGGACGAAUCGACUCCAACGGAGGCAUUCUGGCGCUUCCCAGAUCGUUAGUGAGCUUGAAAUUCCGGACAUGUGGAUUCACGGAGGUGCCAACAGAGACGCUGUCAGCUGUCCCGAACCUCGAGGAGCUGUCGCUCGAAGGGAAUGACAUCCGCAGCGUGAAGCCGGACGCCUUCGCUGGCCUGACGAGCCUAAAGACCCUCGACUUGAGCAGAAAUCGCGUCAAGAAACUUCACGACGGGUGUUUCAACCAACUCGGUAACCUAGAAUCGCUGAACUUAGUUCAGAAUAUGAUUGCGCCGGCGCCCGGACUCCUCAGAGGACUCAAUAAAUUGAAGAAACUUUAUAUGAGUGACGCCUUCAAUCUCGCGGGGUUUCAGCCGUAUUUACUGGAAGAUGUGCCGGCUCUCAAGGUCUUGUACUUGGGCUUCAAUCGGAUGUCGUCCCUGCAGGCCGGGAUGUUCGACGCCCUCCACGGGCUGGAGGACCUGUCCCUGUACGGAAAUCUACUGCAGCACGUCCCGAGAGGGGUUUUCGACACGCUCGGAUCGCUGAACGAACUUUCUCUGGCUGACAACCGGAUCGAAACCAUCGAACCAGGAGCUUUCUCCGGGCUGAACCUCACUCGUCUCGUCCUGUCCCUCAAUAACAUUAAGACCAUUGAGACCGGGACUUUCAGCAAUCUCAACGUCAGCAACCGUUUGGUGCUCAGGAAGAAUUUGAUUUCGGAUGUGAAACCGCGAGCUUUUAGGAAGUUGACGACGCGUCAGUUGGAUUUAACGGAGAAUAAAUUGACCAAAGUCGAUGCUGAUGACUUCGCGGGACUCACCGCCAGAGAACUGGACUUGAGCUCAAACCGAAUUACGGCAGUCGCGCCGGACGCCUUCAUCUACGCCAGAAUCGAUGUGCUUGGGCUGUUUUUGAAUCCUAUCGCGGGGGUUGAUAAAAACGGGUGGGGGCUGCAGGAGUCUGUGGAAAUACUGUGGCGUUGAAUUAUCGUUUUAAAUUAGAUGAAUUCCAAGCGAUGAAGUUGUUCUUAACAUAUCCCCUCCUCGGAAAAUCCUUCACGGAAAAAAAUACACUUGAAUUGACUAUAUUUUUUCCGUGAUUAAAAACUACUGAAAAGAUCAACAAAUAAAAAUAAAACAACUCAAAAC